GUCAGAGCUGAAUCAGCAAACAAACCACAUGGACAUGAAACUGAAACCAUACCUCGAACUCUGCUCUAGCUCUACUAUUGAAGAACUAUGGAAGAUGAUCUGCCUUCAGCUAAAAGGAUUUGCUUGACAGAUCUUGAAGAACGUGUGAGGGGAGGGAGAUGCAGUACACCAGAGAGGUUUGACAUCAACAGCCAGUCAUGUAUGUCCUUUAUUGAAGAUGUGGAGGACGAACAAGAGCAGUGGAAAGCUACUGCAUCACAAAGCUCUCACCUUGACGAUGAAGACAAACUCGAUAUCAACAACCAAUCAUUUGAAUCGUUCAUUGAAGAGGUGGAAGAGGAGCAGUCACUGGACCCUAACAACCAGUCUUUCACAUCGUUUAUUGAAGAAGUUGAAGAUGAGCAGCAGCAGUUAAAUGAGCACGGCAGUCAUUCAGUGAUUAUAUCAGACGACUCUAAGGACUUCUCUGACUCGCUAGACGCUGAGUGUACACUCACCCUUGACCCUGGUUCCCCUGCGGGUGUAGUUAAUGGACUGGUGUUCCCACGUGAGGUGCUGGAGAACAUACUUGAUAGACUGGGGGCAGUGGAUCUGUACACAUCGGCCUGCCUCGUCUGCAAACUAUGGAACAGCAUUGUCGUUAACAAGUCGUUUGCGAAAUGGAAACUGAUUUACCACAAAGGAGAGUUUGAGCGUGAACCUAUCACGCCAUGUCUGCCUGUUCUCCAUGAGUCUCUAAAGUUUGUGAAGGAAGAGUUCUCUCGUGUGCAAGCCACCCUGAAACCUGUCCUUGUGAAGCACCCACAGUAUCCCUGCAUCUCCCGCAUCUACGACCAAUCAAAUACUGAGGAAAAACUGACUGAUCUCCAAGAGUUGGUGAUGCUGGUAGCUUGCUGCAAGAGUGUCCAUCAGUUGUUGGAUUUGGUUCGUCUCCUCGCUCGUCCAAUGGAGGGUGGGUUCAGUAGCCCUGCCCUCUCCUACACUGAGCUCAGCGAGAUCCUCUACUGUCUGGCCACACUCUUUAAAACAUCACCUACAAUAUCGCCUCGGUUCCAUUACUACCUGUACUACGUGCUGGACGUCAUGGAGAGAAGGGGUGUGGUUAACAUCACCACAGAGGAGACAGACAAUGGGCACACUCUCGCUGCAGCCUCUAAACUCACGAGUCAGCAGAUGAAAAUUGUACAGCACGGUUUCCAGAAAGAACAGACCGUCAAAGUGUUAGCCCUUGCAGGCACUGGCAAGACCACCACUCUCUAUCACAUUACCAAGGCCAACCCUCAUUGCUCGUUCCUCUACUGCGUCUACAACAAAUCUGUUCAACAACAUGCCUACAGCUCAAUAUUUUCAGACUGUAGAAAUGUGGAGGCUCGCACAUUCCACUCCCUUGCUUUUGAACACACUGGGAAUUGGUUCAAGAAAAAACUCGGCUCUGAAUUGCAAGUGUUCUCCAUUUCUUGGAAUAUUGACUCAGAGCGCUCUGUUUCCAUGAAAAUGUGUCUGGCUAGGUGUGUGAAGGACACUCUCAACAACUACUUUGCCAGUGCUGAUAAAAACAUUGACCUGAAGCAUGUCGUCAAUAGCAGUCUCACUUACCACUUUCCCGAGACUGCCAUCUUGGCUGAUACUAAACGCUACUGGAGACUGAUGCAAUCAUUGGAGGAGGACAAUAUGAAGAUAAGAAUGACUCACGAUGGGUAUCUGAAGUUGUACCAGUUGCAAGAACCCAUGGACCUGUCUCGGUAUCAUGUGAUCCUGGUUGAUGAGGCACAGGAUCUUUCACCAGCCAUCACCGAUAUUUUGACACGUCAGCAGACAGCAAAGGUGUUUGUGGGAGACCCCAACCAGCAGAUCUAUUCGUUCAGAGGCGCCUGUAAUGCCCUCAACCAGAUCACUGCCACCCACACCUACCAUCUCUCAAGGUCUUUCAGAUUUGGACCUGAGAUCUCUUACGCUUGUGAGCUUGCCCUCUCCCACUUCAAGCCUGACAAACAGCAGAUCCUCAUCGGCACACUGAAAGAUGGCAGUAUCACUGGUGAGAGUGUGUCUGGACAGGAGGCGGUCAUUUGUCGUCUUAACGCCACCCUCUUUGAUGAGGUUGUCACGGUGAUCAGGGCUAGGCCACACGCUUGCAUUGGGUUUGCUGGUGUGGAGUCAAAGAAGGAUCUCAAUAAGUAUGGCUUUAACACGCUAGAGGACAUUGCUGCCCUCAAGAGAGGGGAAGACGUGAAGACUCUUAAGUUCCCUGAGAUAAAGUGGGGGUACAAAUCCUAUCGUGAUCUUGUUACCAGGGCCGUGCAGUCUGGGGACAAACCGUUGUUGGGGAAGAUAAAGGUGUGUGAUAAAUAUUACAAGCAAAUGCCGUAUCUGAUGGAGCAGAUCAGGAAGAGAGUCAUCUUCGAUUCUAACACUGCAGAUGUAAUCUUCUCCACCGCUCAUAAGAGCAAGGGGUUAGAGUUCGAUACUGUAUUCGUAGCCGACGACUACACUGCUGAUUUUGAGAUUGAAACUGGGGGAUUUGAUUCUGAAGAUAGUAGUUCUGCAAGGAGUGGUAAUGUUAGAGAGGUUGAGGAAGACGAGAGGAAUCUUAUAUAUGUCGCCAUGACACGAGCAAAACGCAAACUUGUCAUAUCCCCAACUAUUCUCGGUGUGCUUAACAAGAAAUUUGAGAAGUUUUGCUUUCCAAGAGUUCCAACUGAGGCUACUAGCACCUGUGGCCAGUGUGGUGAAGGUUGCCCACUUCUGCUAGAGAAACCAACAUUUAUCUUGAGCACCAAGGAAACGGUAUCUCAGCCUCCAGGGUGUGCUUCCUGCUGUGGCGAAAGACUGUUGCAGAAAAUCUGUUAACUUUAUCACUUCAGCUCAAUAAUUUUUUCCAAGUUAUUUAUCCUUGUUUUGUAUUCAACAAUCACUAUAUCUCCACAGUGCAUUCCUUCUGCAUUACAUGUAAACUUACAGUGAUAAUGAUAUUCACAAGCAGUUGAA